UAUAUUCAGAACUCAUAUUUCGUUGUCUUUCAGCGAACAUCGGAAAGAACAAAUCGGAUAGAAUACUCCCGUUCAAAAUGUGGGUCAAUCUGCCGCUAAGUGUGACACCAUAUUACGAAAUAAUGUUCGCCAUUCAGGUGAUAGUUGUGGAACAAAUCGGCGUGUCAUAUUUGUGCAAUGAUAACUUCUUAUGCAUACUGAACAUGCACGUGAUCUGCCAGUUCCGCAUGCUGCAGGACAGGUUGUUAAAUCUGUGGAAGAUUAUCGAUAAACAAACGAAUAAGGCUGAUUACACCGACAGAUGCUAUACAGCGUUGAAAAAAUGCAUCAGGAAGCAUCAGUCAUUGAUCGAAUUCUGCGACAAACUCGAGUACGUUUAUACGUUGCCAAUCUUCGGCCACAUGGUAGUCUUUAGCUUAUUAAUGUGCUUCGACACAUACGAGAUACUCCUGAAUUAUUUAAUAUUAUGUAUACAGGCAAACGUAUCCAUCGGGACACGACUAAUUUUCGUUUUCCAUAUGGUCGGUAGUUUUAUCCAUAUAAUUAUCUUCACCUACAGUUGCCAUUGCUUAAUAGAGGAAAGUGUGAACAUUAGCUUGGCAACGUAUUCAGGCUGGUGGACAAUGCUGCCGAUGACCAAGACUGGUAGAAUGAUACGAAAAGAUAUGAAUAUAAUGAUGAUGAAGUCGAUACGACCGUGUUACUUAUCCGCCGCUGGAUUCUUCCCUGUGUCUUUGGAAACAUCUACUGCGGUACGUGAUCUAUUUAUUACGUCCUAUUUUAUUCAUUACAUACCAUUUUAAUAGUAAAUAACACCACGAUAAAUACCAUUUUAAUAAUAAGCAAUGAACAAAUUUUGACAUGAAAUUCACGAUGGCAAAUUCAAACUUUUUGUUACAGCUUAUGAGUUCUACAGUGUCAUAUUUCACGCUCAUGAGAGAGUCAUCCACGAGAGAG